AGAGAACGAUCGCUUCAUCCUCCUCCUCCUCCAUCGCACCUGUGUGGAUCAGAUCGGUCCUGAUGGAGCGGGCGAACGGCUCCCGGCCUGCAGGCUGCGGCGUGGCUCUGGCUCUGGACUUCUGGCCGCUGUGUGACACGUGGGGGAUCGUGGUCCAGGCCGUGGCUGGGGUGGGUCUGGUCAUCUGUGUGGUGCUGAUGCUGGCUCUGCUGCUGUGGUCAGCGUGUGCGUCCCGCCGGAGGAACAGUGUGCUGGCGGCGCUGAUGCUCUUCCUGAUGGCCACGGCGGGUAUAUUCGCCCUUCCCUACUCCUUCCUCAUCGCUCUGUCUCCGCAGACGUGUCCGGUGCGGGUGUUUGCGUUCGGCGUGUUGUUCAGCGUGGCCUUCGGGGCUUUGCUUGCGCGUGGUCUGUCUCUGCUGGGGGUGUCCCUGGCCCGCGGCUGGAGGGAGGUGUGUGUGACCGCGGCGCUGGCGCUGGUGCAGGUGAUCAUAGCCACCGAGUGGCUGCUGGUGGUGCUGGUGCAGGACAAGAGGACCUGCCAGUUUUCACAGCCAGAGUUUGCCAUGCUGCAGAUUUACGUGAUGGUCCUGUUAGCCACGGCGCUGGUGACGGCGCUGGGUUUCCUCCGCUACACCUGUGUCACCUACAGCUACAGGGACAGCGGACAGGUGCAUCGGCAGAACAAAGUGCAGGCGUCUCUGCUGGUGCUGACGCUGCUGCUGAGUGUGUGCGUCUGGCUCGUCUGGAUCACGCUCCUCACAUACGGGAACCGUGCCAUGGGCCGCAGCCCGCUCUGGGACGACCCCGUGAUCAGCGUGGCUCUGACCGCUAACGGCUGGGUGCUGCUACUGGGGCAUGGUUUCACUCAGGUCCGCUUCAUGUGCAAGCACAACGCUCGUACCAAGGACCCGCCGCUGGACUUCACGGGCUGGACGAGCUCCAGAACACCACCAGCGGCUCCACCGGACCUGAAGACCGGCACCGACAACGAGGGCUUCCAGACGGACACGGACGCGAGGAGAGGUAAUGAUGUGGCAUGGUCUGGAAUCUUCAUGAGAGAACUCAGCGCAGAGAAAGAUUACAGCAUCCCUCGACCCACGACCACCAACAUCAACGAGCCGUACGACGAAUACUAUGGACACAGAGUUUGACCACACACACACACACACACACACACACAUACACACACAGCGACACA